AUGGAUGGCUUCUCGCUUAACAUCUCGGCGUCUAGCGGUUCUCGUAAGCCUGCUAAGAAGAAGAACACUUUCCGUGCAAAGCAACAGGCCAAACGUGCUAAGUCUAAGGCAAGCAAGACGGGAAAACACAAACCCGUGACACAGAGGCCACAGCCAAAGAACGAGGCGCCGAAGACGUUCGGUACGCGUCGUAACCCCAACAAAGAGGGUUACAGUGUGGAGAAGUUCACUCAGUCGCGAGUCAAGAUCGACAAUGUAUUGUCUAAGCCAUUGACGUCAUCAUCGAGUGAGAAAAUAUUCGCUGCGAACACAUUCGAGUCCAUGCAGAUGUCGGAAAAGCUCGUGAAUGUGCUCAAGAAAGAUACCGAAAGAGGUGGCUUUGGCUUUGCGCGGCCGACCAACGUGCAGGUACAGACGAUUCCCUCAAUACUAAAGGGAAAUGAUAUUCUAGUCAAGAGUGAAACAGGGUCCGGUAAGACCCUCUCCUAUCUGCUGCCUAUCGUCCAGAAACUACAAGCAGUAUCCCCAUGUAUCCAGCGACAAGAUGGUUGCAUGGCUCUAAUAUUGGCCCCGACACGUGAGCUAUGUACACAGAUUUUGGAGACUGCUAACAGACUCAUCCAGCCAUUUGUGUUCCUGGUUCCGGGAGCCAUUAUCGGCGGUGAGAAGAAGAAGGCGGAGAAGGCACGACUUCGCAAGGGUAUUAUCAUCCUGGUCGCCACGCCUGGGCGACUGGCCGACCAUCUCGUUAAUACGCUCUCCUUUAACUACUCUCGUCUGCAAUUUUUAGUGCUGGAUGAAGCAGAUCGACUACUAGAUAUGGGCUUCGAGAAGCAGAUCACGCAAAUUCUGACUAUUCUAGACGGCAAGAAGACGUCGCAGAAGCGUCAAAACAUCUUGGUGUCUGCCACAGUUAACAGCGGAGUGCAGCAGCUGGCCAAGAUGAGUCUGUCUAAGCCCGUACUGAUCGAUGCCGAUGCCUUAACUAGUGGUGAAGAACCAGCGUCCGACAUGAAAUCUGCUAGGCAGGAGAAGUUCUUUACGCCGCACCAGUUGAUGCAGCACUUCAUGCUUGUCCCAGCCAAGACACGUCUGUGUGCCUUGACUUGUUUCUUACGUAAAGAACUACGCCACGCUCCUCGUGAUCACAAGAAAGAUGGAAGCCCUGGCAAGUGCAAGAUUGUGGUCUUCCUGUCCACUUGCGAUGCUGUGGACUUCCACUACGCUCUGUUCCGCAAGUGCGCGUGGCCUUCAGGUAAAGGAGCAUCGGAGGAGUCUGAAAGCAGCGGUGUGGCGUCACUUUUUGGGAGCCAAGGCCCGAUAUUCCGACUGCAUGGCAACAUCCCUCAACAGGAACGAGUGACGACGUUCAAGAGCUUCUGCUCUUCAGGUUCUGGUGUGUUGCUGUGUACGGAUGUUGCUGCUCGUGGUCUCAACUUGCCUACAGUCAAGUGGAUCGUUCAGUACGACCCACCAACGGAGACACGUGACUACGUGCAUCGUGUGGGUCGUACAGCUCGAAGUGGAAAUCAAGGAAGCAGUCUGUUGUUCCUGAUGCCGUCGGAGUCGGAGUAUUUGGACUAUCUGAGUAAACAGGGCUUGAAGCUGAAUGCUUUGAGUCUGGAGAAGACCGUCUCUCGCGUGGGCAAGUACGGGGGAUUCCUGACGACGUCUCGGAAGAAACUACUGCACGAGGUAGUGCAGAGCGACCUCCAGUUCCUGUACGAGCAGACGCUGCUGGCAGACAAGGAGCUGUUCGAGUUGGCUUGUCAAGCUUUCCACUCGUUUGUGCGUAGUUACGCCACGCACUCGUCGGACACACGCAACAUUUUCCACGUCCGUAGUCUUCACUUAGGUCAUGUUGCCAAGAGUUUCGCACUGCGUGACCCGCCUGCGUCUUCAAAGUUGCGUAAUACUGGACGAAACGCCAAGAAGGGUACGCUCCACAAGCGCAAGGAGAGAGACGAUAAGCAGCAGGCUGUGGUCGCGAAGAAGCACAAGAAGAUGCGCGACGAGAAACGCAGAUAUGCGCAGAACGUCUCUGAGUUCGCCGACUAA